CUUCACACGAUCAUCCCAAUACAUUAGAAACCCUAAUCAAAUCUCAAAUGCAAUGACGGACUCUUACGAACUGCGACCAAGGUGGUCUAUUCGUGCAAACGUUGAUCAAGAAACGGUUGAAGAUUACUACAGGCGUUUUCCCCAUUUGUUCGCUAUAAAGCUACAUCAUGGUGGUUGUUUCACUAAGUUUCCAAACUUUGAGUAUGUGGAGGGUAAGCACAACUAUGUUGAUCAGUUAGAUCCUGACUUUUUCUCUGUUCAUGAGUUGGAUUUGGUAUUGAAAAAGUUAGGGUAUGCAACAGAUGUUAUUAGGUAUUAUCAUUAUAAGAUACCUAAUCAGGAACUAGGAUUUGGCCUUCGUGCUCUAGGUAGUGACUUAGAUGUUAUUGACUUUUGCAAGUACACAACUGAUUUUAAGACCAUGCAUGUUUACACUGAGUUUGAAGUAACAAAUGUGCAUACAUAUUUCUAUUCCCCUGCAAAAAGUAGGAUUGCUGAAGUUGUUGAUGGACUGGAUGGUGUUGAGAUCAUUAGGAAAAAUCCAAGGAUGAUGUUAGGCUGGCAUCCCUUAGCACAAGUGUCUCCGAACCAGAUCUGUGUAUCAUUGCACCUCUACUUUUCUUUGUAA